AUGCUGCUAGUGAAACCACUGGCCUCACCAGACAUUCUCUCGAGUGAUCAUGCCAAUAAUGAAGGCAGCACAAAUGAAACCGAAGGAGAAAAGGAGGAUGGACACGAUUCCCCGCCAUCUGCUCAAAAAGACAAUCUCUGCGAUCGUAUCCAGCAGCUCUGGCCCAAAGCGACCGACCCCGUUAUCGACUUUACCGUGUCCGCCUUGCCUCCGAAGUACGCUCCGAGGCUAGAACGAAUAUUCUCAUCCAAUAUACGUGCCUCUCAGUGGACGUGUGGGCACUGGCGCUGUUUUGUCUAUGUGAUUUCCCGUGUCGUCCUCAGGACCACCUCUUUUGCUUGGUACAUCGAGCAAGCAUUCAUCACCUGGCUACUCUACGAUGUCCUACGCCCAGUGACGCUCCAAGUUUCCGAUACGUUACUAAAGAUCAAUAUCGUUGGAGAUCUUCUUCAACAUGUGUACCAAAUAUCUCGCCUGUUGGCUUUGAGCGCCUCGGCUCACCUUUUCACGAAGUUGAUUAUUAUCCUUCUGCGCAGACAACAGAGGAUAAGGCGAGCAUCCCAAGACCUUGCCGAGUUUGCACCGAUCACUUCCAAGGGGAUCCAGAUUCUUGUCCAAGUGGUGAUGCCCAAUAUUCUGUUCCUGCUUUUGGUUCCUGGUGCUACUUCUUCAAAUCCACCGCUGACAAGACAAAUACUCUCAUAUGCCACUGAAACCAUAGUGAUUGUCGUUAUCUGGAUAACUGGGUAUCGAAUCCUCCUUAGCUCGCCAAACGUUUCCACGCUUGACUCUGGAUCCUCGUUGGAAUUGAAUGCAGCUCCUAGAAAUGACUCCUCGGAUACCCGGAAUUUGGCAGCGUCAGCGUCGCGUCUGACGUUAUUCAAUGACAAGCAAGGAGUGUCUCGGGGUGGAUCUGAGAACCCGCGUAUUCCUGCUGGUUCUCGCUUCCAGAUAUUCCGAUUAGCAAUUUCGAUUCCUAUCCUGAUAGUUUGGGGUUUUCUUCAUUAUUAG